CUCCUCCGCCGGACGGAGCGGAGCGGAGCGGAGCGGGCGGGGAGCGGGGGGAGUGGUUACGGGCUCCGGCGCGACACCCCCGGCCCCCCCCGCCCCGCUCAGCCGCCCCUCUCCAAAUAAAUCAGCACCAUGACUACUUCUGGGCAUGGAACAAAGAGGAUGCUCUCCCGGGGCCCCGCGCUGCUCCUGGCGCCGCUGCUGCUCCUGUGCCGAGUGGUGGAGAGCCGAGGAGGGAUCAUGGACAGCAUCCAGAGAUUCUCCAGCCUGCCAACGUAUCUCCCUGCGAGCGCCCACAUCUCCAAUGCUGACACCUUCUUCUUCCUCAAGGAAGCCAACCAGGAUAUCAUGAGGAACUCCAGUUUGCAGUCUAGGGUGGAUUCAUUCUUUAUAUACAAAGCCAAACAGCCACCUGUCCUAAAUGCCACGUACGGACCCUUUUCUGUUGAACAACCCGUUCCCUUGGACCUCAUGCUGACUUCUGCAUCUUUUGGUUUCACAAAUAAAUUCACUUUUAACUGGAAAUUAAAAUCCCACAUAAUCAACAGCUCCAUCUAUUCCAACAAACCCAAAAUACAAACCUUGUUCUAUAUCGCGGGGAAGGACUGGGAUGACUACGACCCUGAGGAGAUGCUGCCUUGUGUGAAGAUGUUUGCUUUCCUGGAGUCUAGGGAAGUGGUGGCCAGCUGCAGGCUGACAGGCCACCUAGGAUUAUGUGUUGUGGAGUUGGAAUUGUCUCCCAGCUGGUUCAGCUCCCCUCCACCCCUGCUUUCGGAGGAAACAGCCUCCCUGGAAGGGAUUACUGUGGAGCUCUUCUAUAAGAUUUAUACAGUGGAUGGGGAAUGUUCUCCAGAGGAUGCAAAGUGGGAAAACAAUAUCCAUGCAGGUGAAGAGAAUGAACACCAGGCUUUGUCAGCUAUGGAGAGGAUUGGUAGCAUCGUUGUUUACCCAAAUCAAGACAAAUUAAAGCAGUCUUCGCUGAGGGUGGAUGAAAAUAUCAUUAUUCACUUACCACUCAGCCCGGUCAGAGAGGGUGACAUUGUGACCUUCCAUGUUUUCCUGGCUGAUUACUCACUUGCAGACCAGUUUGUAUUAAGGAUCAGGACGGCCUCAGGAGUGAGGAUCUCGGACAUCAGGGUCAGCGAUGCUGACCAGUGGGGAGUGCAGGAGGAGACGGACAGCGCCAGGAGCAUGGCCACCCUCACCUGCGUGCACAACGACCCCGGCGCCGAGGACAGAGCAAACAUGACCUCCUACGAGAUCCUGCAGAUGGAUUUUGAGAUUGACAAUGCCAGCAGCCUGGCGGGGGCCCAGCAGAUCACCUGGCAGGUGGAAUACCCACGGGACGACUCCGUCAGCGAGCUCGUGGUGUCCGAGAUCUUCGUCAGCCGCACCCUCUUCGUGGGGAUCGUUCCUCUUGCCAUGGACACAGAAAUCCUCAACACAGCCAUCCUCACGGGCAGGAUGGUGGCUGUGCCAGUCAAGGUGGUGGCUGUGCAGGAGGACGGGGCCGUGGUCGAUGUCUCAGACUCCACCGAGUGCAGAUCCGCCGACGAAGACGUCGUGAAGGUUUCUGAGAGCUGUGACUCCAUCUUCGUUAAUGGCAAGGAGAUGAAGAGCAAGGUGGGCACCAUUGUGAACUUCACCUACCAGCACUUCAGCACGCAGCUGGAGGUGACGGUCUGGGUCCCGCGGCUCCCGCUGCAGAUCGAGAUCUCCGACACCGAGCUCAGCCAGGUCAAGGGCUGGAGGAUCCCUGUCACCUCCAACAAAAGGCCCACCCGGGACAGCGAGGAUGAAGAAGACGAUGAGAAGAAAGGCAAAGGCUGCACCCUGCAGUACCAGCACGCCCUGGUCAGGGUCCUGACGCAGUUCGUGGCCGAAUCCUCGGAGUUUGGUGGCCAGCUGAGCUUCCUGCUGGGCUCGGAGUGGCACUUUGACAUCACGGAGCUGGUGGCAGAUUUCAUGAAGGUGGAGGAGCCCAGGGUUGCCAAGCUGCAGGACGGUCGGGUGCUGGCUGGGCGUGAGCAGGGCAUCACCACGGUGCAGGUUCUGUCCCCUCUCUCGGAUUCCAUCCUGGCAGAGAAGACAGUGAUAGUUCUGGAUGACAGGGUGACCAUUACUGACCUGGGGGUGCAGCUGGUGUCAGGCUUGUCUGUGUCCUUCCAGAGCAGCAAAGGAAAUAAGAGAGCCAUCGUUGCCACCACCUCUGCCCACGACAUCCUGCGCACUCCCAAGCAGGAGGCUGUGGUGAGUGCUUGGGUUUUGUUCAGCGACGGGUCGGUGACGCCCUUAGACGUCUACGACUCCAAGGACUUCUCCAUGUCCAUCACCUCCCUGGAUGAGAUGGUGGUGUCGUCCCACCAGAGCCUCCAGUCCCUCUGGCCCGUGGUGGUGGCAGAAGGGGACGGGCAGGGGCCUCUGAUCAAAAUUGAGAUGGUGAUCAGCGAGCCCUGCCAGAAGACCAAGCGCAAGAGCGUUCUGGCCGUGGGGAAAGGAAACGUCAAAGUGAAGUUUGGUCAGAAAGAUUUGGACCAAAAAGGGAGCACCAACGACAUCGACGACGUGGAGAAGGAUUUUAAAAGCCAUGCCAGCAAUGCUAUAGAGAAAGCUGCAGAACAAGAGAGGACAGCACAAGACUGGUCCAAAAACCACGAGGACGUGGCCGGUCCCGAGGACAAUGCGAACAAAAGCACAACUUUCAUCUCUCCCAUUGAUCAGGAGUCCCUGGAGGAUGGCCAGCUUCAAAAUAACCCCACUGCCUUCACAGGUUUCCCCACCCAAGUAGAAAUACCAGGAGAAAACAAUCCCAGUGAUCUCUCAUUGACUUCCAGAGGAUUGACAGACCUGGAGAUUGGCAUGUACGCGCUGCUCUGCGUUUUCUGCUUAGCAAUCUUGGUCUUUUUGAUUAACUGCGUGGCAUUUGCUUGGAAGUACAGGCACAAAAGGUUUGCUGUGAGCGAGCAAGGCAACAUCCCCCAUUCCCAUGACUGGGUCUGGCUUGGAAAUGAGGUGGAGCUCCUGGAAAACCCAGUGGACAUUUCGCUCCCAUCAGAGGAGUGCACUACCAUGAUUGACAGAGGGAUGCAGUUUGAAGAAAGCAACUUUCUCCUUAAUGGGAGCUCUCAGAAGACUCUUCAUAAUCAUAUCCUCAGAUCUUCUGAGUACCUUUGUGAAAAAGAAGUUAAAAGUGAACCUAUAAAUCCUUCUGGGCCAAAGCAGAAGCGAGUAAAGUUCACUUCAUAUACAACAAUACUGCCGGAGGAUGGAGGCCCCUACACCAACUCAAUUCUAUUUGACAGUGAUGAUAAUAUUAAAUGGGUAUGCCAAGAUAUGAAUCUUGGCGAUUCCAAGGAACUUAGGGACUAUAUGGAAAGACUGCAAGACAAUAUGUAAAACUACUUUCUUAUGUUUGUAAUCACCUUUAUGCCUUCUGUUUAUGGAUGGUGGAGCAGUCAGUCCAGUCAGCAAUAGGAACAAGACAGCCCAAGCCUGGAGGUACUGAGAUGAGAACCUGAUAUCAGAGAGCAGGUCCAAGAGGCUGGCUGGGUGAACCCUGUUUCACCACAAACCAGGAUGUGCCCCUAAAACAGCUCCCUGUAGGUGUUGGAGGUGUCACACACGAUGGCUGUUUCUGUGUACUGCCUGGUACUAGCAAAAUGCUAAUCCAACUGCGCUCAGACUCAGAGGAGACUUCAUUUGUUUGUCAUCUCUCAUGAGAAAUGGUAAAUCAGAAAAGAAAGGGAUGUUUGUUUGCAUUGAUCUUUUCUAGUCGUCGUCCUUUGUAAAGCACAGUGGACAUUUCUUGCUUACAGCCUGAGAGGAGGCUCAUGGAAAAAGGGAUUGGAAUGAAUCUCAUUUUAUUGCCUAUGUGCAAUGCAGCCAAGUAGUCUUAUUAUUUUUUACAGAUAUAAAAAACCCCAUGUGGUUAAUUUCUUCUUAUAUUGUUUGUGAAUUUUAUUUGACUUAGGGAACAUUAAAUAUUUUCUUUGAAGGGGUUUGUUUUUUUUUUUUUUUGGUUGUACCAAAGUGUAGUACAGUAAUAUUUAUAAUGAUUUGAGUUUUUUAUUCAUCUACUUCAGCCCCCAGAGAUACCUCCUUCAUCACUGAUUAUCUUCCUCCUUUCCAUAUGGGUCGUUAGUUUUUGAAACAUAGAAAGGAAUUAGAACUCUUACUGGGAAAGGGUUGUGUCUUCUUACAGGGAACUGUAAAUAUAAUAAUAAACCCUGGAAAAUAAAAAUCAAGGAGUAGCCCUGGGUUCACUUUUGUCAUUGCUAAUGUGAAAAAAUAACCUGUAAAAAAAAACCCCAGCACAUACUUGAAAGGGAAAUGCUUUGCUAAAACAGUAGCAUGGCUGACAAUACAUGUUAUUAUCUGAGUUAGAAAGUCAAACAUGGGAUUGAAAUUCAUAAAGUAGGAAGGAAAAUUUCCAAGGAAAUAAGCAAAGCUUGGAGUCACUGUUACUCUGUUCUAAUGGUGGUAGAGUUCAGCAGGCCAGACAAGUCCAUGCUCAACAGCCCCAGACCUUGUCUAAAACAUCCCUGGCCAUGAAGCCAUUAAAGAGAAAAACUUUGCACCAUUAUUUCAUUAAAAAGGGAAGAAAAGACACAUGGGGACUGCAGCCCCACAAGAGACUAUCUGAUUUUAUCAAGGAAAACAAGCUGGAAAUUCAAAGCUGCCAUUUCAUUUGCAUCACAUCUAUUUUUUACUACUGAAGGAUGACUGAGAUAAGUGGAAAAUUACAGUUAGGAAAAACCUGAAUCUACAGAAUACUUAACCCCCCCCCAGUAAAGCACAUGUUCUUGUGGUGGAUCCUAUGCAAUGACCACAAGAGCCAAAUUGCAACUGCCUUACAUACUGGAGUUCCCAUUUUCAGGUAGAUCAAAGCAAGAUUUGAAUUUAUAGUUCAGCAGUGAUAUUUUAAAAAAACAGAAAAUUGUGAGAAAUAUUGUGUUUGGGUCUUGAUCCACAACUGGGAACAUAUUUAAUGUCACUGCUGCAAAAUACAGGAAUUUGAACAUUGAGACUAGAAGUGAGGACACCAGGUUUAUAUAAGUGAUUAGGGACUUGCUUUUGCUGGCACUGAACUGCACAGGGAGGGGAUGGCAUCUGUUACAAUCUAAUUUGGAGGAGAGGAAAUAAUAGAGCACAGAUAUGCUUCUGUUUCAUAAGGGAUGCAGCACUUGCUCGUCAGAUGAAGUCUUGGGUUGUUUAACAAAUGUUCUCUCCCCUUUCAGUGAUCCAGGAAAUAAGGAAAUAUGAAUUCCUACAAUGAUCCUUAUCACUAACAACAUAAAAACCCCUUUUUAGAAUUUAACUUCCCUUUUUAAUGCAUUAUUCUGUAUUUGGCCCAACCAGAGAGCAGAACAGAGAGCUCUGGCCUUUCCAGAACUUUCCUGGGGUCUGACUGACCCCAAACCCACUGGGGGUGGGAGCUCACAGCUGCCUGGGGCUGAGCUGCCACUGAGGGUGAAGUGCCAGCGUGGCCCUGAAGGUCCUCAGGGAGGUUUUGGGUGCCUCAGUGGCUGAAUUUGGGGUGGUUUUAGAGCCACAGGGGUGUCAUCCUCCCCAAAUUAAAUGACACUUGCUGCCCAUCAGGAAGGAGCACAGCUGCUACUGGGAACCAGUUAAACAGUGCAACUGGGCACACAAAGUCACAAAGACCCAAUCCCCAAAUCUUGCACUGGGGGGAAAGAGAAAGAUCUGCACUUUCAUAAAUUUUCUUUUUCUUUCCCAUCACAUGUCAUUACAUGAAAGCUCUUACAUGGAAAAUGGCAAUACAACCAUGGAAAAAAAGCAAUACAGAAAAAAAAAAAAAAAAGAUAGAAUUCCCUAUUUUCAGUAAAACUGGGAUAACACCAAUAAAGUGGAGUUACUUUGGAUUUAUCCUGGUUUGAGCCUUUAUGCUACUUCUCAUAAGAUGAAAGGAAAAUAUAUUCAACAUGAAUAUAUCUGAUGCAAAAUAUGAGUUCUGAGUUGAUCAGUUCCUUUUAUUAUCUCAAAUUUUAAUUUCAAAAUUACGACAUGCUCUAUAAAUUUAAGCAAAUUCAAUUUAAAAUUACUUUAAACCCCCCCCCCCAAUUUUGCUAUUUACCUAAAUAUUUUUAAUUGACGUUGUUAAAUACAAUAUUUUAUUCAUGGAAUGUAUAAUAUUCCAGUUUGCUGUUAACUGAACAGCAUUUACACAUUGAUAAGAGAGUCUCUGCUUUUGAGAGAACAAAGCAAUGGUAGCCAAGUGAUCAAAAGGCACAAAAUGUAUGUAUGUAAGUGUGUAUGCAGGAAAGUAGAAUUGUCUGAAAAAUAGGAGCUGUACCAUCAGAUUAAUUAGAAUUCUGCUUCAGCAGGAGCCUAGGCACACAAAACCCAGCUGGUGCCAGCCCCCAGCCUGCCAGGGCACCUGGGACACCAGGGACAGCAGGGACAGAGCCCGGGCAUGCACAGGACAGGGAAAGGAGAGCUGCGAGUUCCCAUGGGCAAAACUUUUUGUUUCAUUCACCCCACAGUGCCCAGCCGGGGCUCCCUGUGCCCCUUCCCCAUCCCAGUCACCCCUUAGGGGACCCUGUCCCACUCUUGGGGCUCCCUGUGUCCCUUCCCACCCCUUAGGGACCCCUUAGGGACCUUGUCCCACUCUUGGGGCUCUUCCCACCCUUAGGGACCACUCUGUGCCCCUUCCCCACCCUUAGGGACCCCUUAGGGACCUGGCCAGGCUCUUGGGGCUCCCUGUGUCCCUUCCCACCCCAUAGAGACCCUGUCCCACUCUUGGGGCUCUUCCCCACCCUUAGGGACCACUCUGUGCCCCCUCCCCACCCUUUAGGGACUUUGACAGCUCUUGGAGUGCCCUGUGCCCCUUUCCCACCCCAUGGGGACCCUGCCCCACUCUUGGGGCUCCCUCUGUCCCUUCCCCACCCCACAGGGCCCCACUCUACAACACCCCCACGUUCAUGUUUGGAGCUGCUGGUCCUUCACUCACCUUGGGGAAUGUACAAGAAGACCUUACAGCCAUACACAGUGCAGAGAGUCCAUUCUCUAAUGGAGAAAACCCGUGUGUUGCAAGGUGGGGUCAGAGCCCCACGAAGGAAAUGCUGAUUUUUCCUAGCAGAUGUGCUCUUUUAUGGACUAGAAAUCAUGUGCACUACAUUGAAAUACACGAGAGUGUAUUGUGAAAUGCAUACAUUAACUGCUGAAUUAUAACACUGGAUAUGUAUAUACAUCACACCCCAGAUAUUUAUACAAUAUAAUAAGUCUUAGAUGUAUAACAUAAUGAAUUCUGUACAAAAUAAACUGUAAGUUAAGACAAUGAAACAGAACUUUUAUAUCUGUGUAAUUUGUAUGCUGAUUAAGUUAUUCAAGCUUCAGUUUUCAUCUUUUAAUGUGCCCUUCAAAAAAGUACUUAUUUUCUAUAGGCAGAUGUCUGAAAUAAAGAUUUGAGUCUUCAGAAGAGAAGCAAAUGAAAGACUGAAAGAAACAAAUUUUGCUGGAGAAAUAAAAAUAAUGUUCA